UUCGGUCCGCCUCAGUGGACGCUCGCAGAUGUUGACAUUUUUAUGAAGCUUGUUUCUGUCAGAAAUACUAAAAAUAACAAUAAAAAAUGGACGACCAGGGCUGUCCGAGAUGUAAGACCACCAAGUACAGGAACCCGUCGCUGAAGCUGAUGGUGAACGUCUGCGGCCACACGCUAUGCGAGAACUGUGUGGAGAUGCUGUUUGUGCGCGGCUCGGGGAACUGCGUGCAAUGCGACACGCCUCUGAGGAAGAGCAACUUUCGCGUGCAGCUCUUCGAAGACGCAACUGUGGACAAGGAGGUAGAGAUCCGCAAGAAGGUGAUGAAAAUCUACAACAAAAGAGAGUUCGACUUCCCCAGCCUGAGAGACUAUAACGACUAUCUAGAGCAGGUGGAGGACAUAGUUUACAACCUUACAAACAACAUUGAUGUGGAAAACACCAAGGGCAGGAUGGAGCAGUACCAGAGGGAAAACAAAGACAUCAUCCAGAGAAAUAAGGCGAAGCUUACGCGGGAGCAGGAAGAGCUGGAGGAGCUGCUGCUUCUGCAGCAGCAGAGCAACGAGCAGCGGAGGCUGGAAGUGUUGCAGGAGGAGCAGAGGCAGCUGCAGGCCAAGAGGAAGAGCAAACAGGCUCUGCUGGAUGAACUGGAACAGUCCAAGCUUCCUGCCACCAUCUUGCUUGCUCAACACAAGGUUCGCGCCGCCCAGCUGGAGACGCAGAUAGAGCAGCAGAAACAGAAUGUGAAGCCGACCAGCUUGUUCUCUACUGGGAUCCAGAUCGGUCAAACUGUUUCUCUCCAGCCUUUGCCCCGAAUACAGGAGGUUCUGUACCAGUACAAACCCCUCCAGGUGGAAACCUAUGGACCUCCAGCUCCCGACCUGGAGCAACUCAGCAGAUUUGGGUAUCUGAACCACGUCCGGGCCGCCAUGCCGCAGGACACGGCGGGAGGAUACACCUCAGCUCUGGCGUGUUACCGCGCCAUGCAGGACGCCUUCAGUGGCCUGUUUUCUGUCAAUGGAUGAAUGGACAAAUACGACUUUACCAUCACUGUGACGUCAACGUUGAUCCGCUUUUCAUAAAGAUUUGUAUAGAUUUUUUUGUUUUCCAAUAAUGUUAUUUUUAAAUAAAAUAAGAAAAACUU